AUGCUUGUUCGAGCCGCAAGCCGGAAAGCCCGCCCUUCAGCAGCAAGAAGUCAAUCCUCAUUCGAACAGCUAUACCUUCCGUGGUUAUGCCCAGCCCAAAAUCCGAGUCCGCUAGAUCGACGGCGAUGCUGGGCUACCUUCGAUUCUACAUCGCAAGGCCCUGCGGUAAGGAAAAGGAGGAAUUCGAACGAUAUCCCUCAUAUACAACCACGACGGUCGAUGGCCACUGUGCUCGGAAGCAUGGCGAUGGACGAGAUCCCUUUCGAGAGCUUCGAUUUACCUCCCCGGAGUUCCCACAAUUUCGUGGGCCUGAGGUCAGGUUCGACAAGGACAGAUCCUACAUAUCUUUUAGAUUCGUAUGAAGGUAUCGAGACAUCUCAACAGAGGAUACGGACGACAGGCAAGGUGGGAGUUGGGGGUGAAAUCUCGGAAAUAUUAUCAGUGUUCUAUGCUUGUCUUCAGGUGGGGAAGAUUGAGCGUGCAGGUGUCAUUCUUAGACGAUUGAUGGGAAAAGUCGACGCCAAUGUGGAUGAAGUGGUUAUGUUACACAAUCAAUACCUGAGAGCUUCAGUCGAGCAAAUCAUGAUAUCACCCAGCGAGUCAGCGAGACAGUCAAUUCACAAGUGGUUUGAACUCGAAAUACGGCUCAAAGGAUUUCUACACAACGCCGAAAUGAUUGCAUAUAUGUUGAAAGCAUCACUUCAAUCGCCAGAUGAUGCACAAGGCGGGAAUCGAAAGCGCCUUGUUCGCCGUUAUAUGGGUAUGGUGGAGGGCGACGCUGGUUUGGAGGUGCUAAGCCUCAACAUUCUUACUGCCGAAGAAAUGAAUCAAAUCAAUCACAUCUGUCCGACCUACAACUUGGCCGACAAUCUUGAUCUUGAGGAUACGUUCGAGGCCGACAUCUAUGAAGGUGACCAUCCUAUACAAGAACCACCCAAGGCGGUUGACAUACUGCCAGAUGUUCGCCCAGUGAAACAAAAGGGUCUUGGCUUGAAAUCUCUCAAGAAAUCUCUCUCGCUGUUCUCAAAUUUCCCAGGUGCUGGUCUGGAUAUGUCUAAGAAGACCCUCGAAGAAAGACGGCAAGUCCAGGCUCAACUGGAAGAAGACGCCGUGAGCUCUGCAAUUGAACGAUGGAGAGAUGAGAGUAUUUCUCUCAAGAAGAUGGGACUAGAUUCUACCCUUCAAACAAAGUCGCUGGGAGCACGUAUGUGGAAAUGGCAGGUGGCUUUCGAACAAUAUCUGAAAGAUGAGAUCGCCAAGGUCGACGAAGCUGAACUGAAGGAGACGAAAACCGUGGAGGAUUUGGAACGAUGUCUAUAUGGACCCUUUCUGCGCAUUCUCCCCCCAGAAAAAAUCUCUGCCGUGACGAUUUUGACAACCAUGAGUACAUUGGGUGCUCAAGGCGCGGAUAAGGGACUGAUGCUCUCUCACUCCAUUCUGUCCAUCGCCAGCAGUGUGGAAGAUGAGAGCAUAUUUGAGGCAUUACAACAAAGCAACAAAAGGGGAGUAUGGUCGAAAAAUUCACAUCAAAAACUUGAACUAGAUAAUUUUAAGAAAAUGGUGCGCAGUCGAGGGGCAGGCUCCGCGGCCAAAUUAGUAGACACGGUAAAACUCAGCGAUGAAUCUACACCUUUCGUCUGGAAACAAUGGCCCAUGUCGAUGAAAGCGAAAGUCGGAGCUUUCUUGAUGCAUGCUCUUGUCGAGGUAGCGAAGAUUCCCGUCGCUUUAGAGCAUGCGGAAACCAAGCAGAUCAUGACGCAGUUACAACCUGCCUUUUCUCACACAUUUAAAUUCAAAAUGGGUAAAAAGUAUGGUGUUGUAAUCGCCAAUAAAGUUCUUGUCCAGUCGUUGAAGAGGGAACCGGUCCACAGUCUAUUGGCAAAACACCUCCCGAUGUUAGUCGAGCCGGAACCAUGGACUUUGUUCAACAAAGGCGGAUUCCUUGUCCAUCCGUCAAAACUGAUACGAGUCAAGCUGGGCGAUAAAGAUCAAAGAUACUACGCGGAAGCCGCAAUUGGGCAUGGAGAUUUGACCCACUUGUGCAGAGGUCUGGAUGUGCUUGGAAAGACGGAAUGGAACAUCAACCAGCCGGUAUUCGAGAUCAUGCUAGAAGCCUGGAAUAGUGGAGAUGCUGUAGGAAAUAUUGCUCCUGAAACUCCGAAUCUGGUUAUACCACCGGAACCGGAGGCAACACGGGACCCUUUGGAGCGACGCCGAUGGAUAAGAGCAGUGAAAGGUGUAGAGAAUCAGCGCACUGGUCUACACUCGGUGCGUUGUUUCCAGAAUUUUCAGUUGGAAAUUGCGCGAGCACUGAGAAAUGAGUCGUUCUACUUCCCCCACAACAUGGAUUUUCGAGGACGAGCCUAUCCAAUUCCCCCGUACCUCAAUCAUAUGGGAGCGGACCAUUGCAGAGGUCUUCUCAAAUUCGGGAUAGGCAAGGAACUUGGCGUAGCUGGUCUCAAGUGGCUCAAAAUACAUCUUGCAAAUGUCUUCGGAUUCGAUAAAGCAAGUCUCACGGAACGUGAAGAGUUUUCCAAUAAACACAAAGACGACAUAUAUGAUUCUGCGACGAACCCUUUGAAAGGUACCCGAUGGUGGCUCAAGGCCGAAGACCCAUGGCAAUGUCUCGCGGCAUGUAUUGAGCUCAAGAGUGCACUCGAAUUACCCGAUCCAACUCGAUUCAUAUCGAAACUGCCAGUACAUCAGGACGGCACCUGUAAUGGGCUGCAACAUUAUGCAGCUCUGGGCGGAGAUGUAUGGGGUGCGAAGCAAGUCAAUCUGGAACCAGGAGAUCGUCCUGCGGAUGUCUACACAGCAGUCGCGAACUUGGUAAAAGAAAGCAUAGCCGAAGAUAAAGAGAAUAAUGACCCCCACGCACUCAUACUGGACGGCAAGAUUACUCGCAAAACGGUCAAGCAAACUGUCAUGACAAAUGUCUAUGGAGUCACUUGGGUUGGCGCAAGAGACCAGGUGAAGAAACAGCUUUUGGCUGCCCAUCACAAUCUGCCAAAUGACACGGAGAUCAAUCCUCUAACUUUAGCAUCAUACAUUGCACAAAAGAUUUUCACCGCCCUCUCCACUAUGUUCCGAGGUGCUCACGACAUUCAGUAUUGGUUCGGCGCGUGCGCAGGUAGGGUGUCAACGUGCCUCACACCGGAGCAAAUUGAUCGUGUUGAAGGAGAGUUACCAGCGAUGGCUCUCAAAAAGGGCGUCAGCAAAACUGCCAAUCGUGGUUUCAACCUGGAGGAAGCGCUUCAAUUCAAAUCCACCGUUAUAUGGACGACACCGCUCAAUAUGCCAGUUGUACAGCCAUAUCGAACAGCCAAAUCUCGUUCAAUUCCUACGACGAUGCAGACAGUAGCUCUUCAAGAACCCCAUCGUUCGCAUGCAGUCAGCAAACGAAAACAGCUCCAGGCCUUCCCGCCAAACUUCAUUCAUUCUCUGGAUGCGACACACAUGCUGUUGUCAGCAACAAAAUGUGAUGACCUUGGCCUGACAUUCGCAGCGGUACAUGAUUCAUUUUGGACCCACGCUUCAGAUAUUGGCACAAUGAAUGGUGUACUUCGAGAUGCUUUUAUCAAAAUCCACACUGAUGAUGUCAUUGGACGCUUGGCUGCCGAGUUCAACGCCAGGUAUAAAGGUUGCGUCUACCUUACCAAUCUUGAUCCGAAAUCUGCAGCAGCCAAGGAGAUAGUACGAUGGCGCAAACAAAAAGUCAUCAAUACAAAAUUACCCCAAGUCAAAAAGGCGCCAAGACUCGAUGAGCUACUUUUAGAACGCAAACGAAUGAGGCUCCUCGAAUCAUCUGAUCCUUUAGAGGUCGAAGAAGGAAAGAACAUGGUUACUCCCGGAAGCAUAUUUGAAAAAUACUCGACUCAAGACGACAUAGCACAGGAUGAGGAGUUGAAGGAUAUAGGACUAGGAGAGAUCCCAGAAAGUGAACUCAGAGCGGCCAGGAAGGCUUCCAAGACGGCCACCACUGGCUCGAAUGCUUCUGCGAAUGAGGAUAUUGAUAUGGUAAACCUUGAAUUGGACGAUGGUUUAAGCGACGAUGUUGAAGUUGAUGCUGCCAGCCCUGAUAUGGAUGCUGCAUCGGCUGAGGAUGAUGGUGACGAGGGUGGGGAAGUGAGCGAAGAAUCUGAGGAAUCAGAAGAUAGCAUAGGGUCAUUUGAAAAGCGACUCAACAGAAGAGAAUCUCGGAGUCCAAAAUUCCCUGUCUGGCUUCCCCUGACUUUCCCUCCGGUGCCCAAAAAGGGAGAAUUCGAUGUUUCGCGACUCAAGGAAAGUCAAUACUUCUUCUCGUGA